UUUCUUCCUCGUCAAUUUUUCUUUUUGGCAAACUCAAGCUUGAUCAAAAUUUUAUCAAAUAGAAGAACGAAAGCUCUUUUUGUUAUUCACGUAUUUAUCUAGGCUGGUCCACAAUGCUGGCAACACCAGGUGCGAUUCUAGAGGACUAUGCAGUUUCACUUCGAAAUGGCUUUCUUCCGGAUACAACACCUCUAGCUCAUCUGCCCGAGCCAUACUACAAUCCCUGGGAAAGCAUUGCAGCUGAUCUCCCGGAUCUUAUCAGAACCGGAAGAAUCAGAGAAGAAGUUGAAGGCUUGCAAAUCCUUUCGACCGAUAAGUUGCAUAACGAUGCGGAAUGGCGGAGAGCCUAUGUUGUCCUAGCUUUUCUCACACACGCUUAUAUAUGGGGUGGCCAGAAGCCUAAGGAUGUCCUUCCCCCUGUGAUAUCUCGUCCGUUUCUGGAAGUCUCGGAACAUCUAGAGCUGCCUCCUUGUGCAACUUAUGCCGCCCUUAACCUCUGGAAUUAUGCUGCUCGCAGUCCAGAUGGUGACCUUACUGAUCCUGAUAAUCUGAUGGUCACAAAUUCAUUCACCAACACGAUUGAUGAAGAAUGGUUCUUGAUGGUAUCAGUUGCUAUUGAGGCUCGUGGUGCAAAGGCUAUUCCCAUGAUGCUCAAUGCAAUUGAUGCUGUGAACAUGAACGAUUCUGUGCGUGUCACGGAUCUUCUAAACGAUCUUACCCAAGCCUUGGGAGAGCUCGCUGUCAUUUUAGAAAGAAUGUAUGAGAAGUGCUCCCCGCCCGUAUUCUACCAUGAAAUUCGGCCAUUCCUGGCAGGAAGUAAGAACAUGGCUGCAGCGGGACUCCCAGACGGUGUCUUUUAUGAUAGAGGCGACGGGAAUGGCGAAUGGCGCCAAUACAGUGGCGGAAGCAAUGCUCAAUCCUCUCUUAUACAGCUUUUCGACAUUGUGCUUGGAGUCGAGCACCGGUCCACUGGCGAGAGAAGCUCUAAUGCUGGACCCCAAACUAAAGACAGGCUCGGAUUUAUAGAGGAAAUGCGAAACUACAUGCCCGGUCCGCAUCGACGCUUCCUCGCCUUGCUGUCCAGGGUUUCAAACAUUCGGCCAUACGCUAUGGCCCACGCCUCAUACUCUGAUGUCAGACGUGCAUAUAAUGAAGCCGUGCUUAUGCUUGGCGUGUUUCGAGACAAGCAUAUCCAGAUCGUCUCACGAUACAUCAUCAUGCAGUCCAGAUUGAAGGAGAACCACGCAGAAGCCAGACGUGUCAACCUUGCAACUGCAUCUUCUGAAAUGUCAAGCAGGAAGAAUGAGCACUCUCAUAACUUGCAUGGGACCGGUGGCACAUCCCUAAUCCCCUUCUUAAAGCAGACUAGGGAUGAGACUAGAGGUACAGCAAGGUACACUGAUUGAAAGCGACAAGCGCUCUAUUGCUAUUCUGUCAUGGUGUUCUAUUAGGUCAUAUAUGGCAAGCGAUGACUAUUUCUUGGUUACGGAUCUUAACGUUCUCCCCUUUCUUUCGGCUCUUGUUUGGUU